GGCUUUAUACAACUUCUUAGAUGGUAUUUACACCAGCUUCCCCGAGAGCGGAGAGGACCAUCUUCCAGUGCUUGGAAAACCAAAGAGACAACUUCUCAAAGGAAGAGACCCCCCUGGACUCUCGUGUCAUCUCGCCGAGUUGUCAACACAAUCUCGGCCAACGGGAAGUCAACGUUCCCAUUGACAAGGCGCAUCACCCAUGUUCUUUGUGUGACUCCAGAUAACCGUUCUGUGGUGACACACAUGAUCCUGCGCACACUGAAGACGGCACUGGAGGAGGAGAGACGGGGACACAAACCCAAAGCGGAGUCCAAGGAUGAGCCGGCGGAGGCCUUGCAGUAUGAGGGAGAUGAAGAGCAGGAAGGGGUUAUAUACAGCGUGUAUGUACGCAGUACAAGCGCACAACAGGCUCCUGUGAAAGUAUUAACACUGCGUGCUGGAACUCUUCCAAGACUUGUCCGCCAUCUUCUAGAAGCCCGAAUUCUGAGGGACACCUCCUACAUCCCAGUCUUCCUGGCCACUUACCGCACUUUCAGUAGCACCAGUGAGGUGUUGGCAUUACUGCUGGACAGAUUACAGAACAAUAAUCACUUGCAGAGCAGCAAGCAAUCACAAGGAGGGAAAGAUGAUGACAUCAGCAGUCUCUUCUGUGCCUGGAUGUCUCAGUACCCCGAAGACUUCCUGUCUCUUCAGCCAGAGAAGAAGGAUCAGCUGGCGCUCUGCCUUUGCAGACUACGGAAGGCAAAUUUGGUAGCAAAACUACAGGAGCUCCGCGCCGGUGACAAGGACGGUGCAGAUCAGUCCCCGACGACAGGGGACAAGGCGGAAGACUCGGACCCUCUGGAUGUCCUGACAUUUCAAGCUGGAUACGUGGCCGAGCAACUCACCUGUCUAGAAGCUGCUCUGUUUUUAAGAGUGGUCCCAUACGAGUGUCUGGGGUCAGUGUGGUCCAGAAGAGACAAGGGCGAGGACCAUUUCCACCGAUGCAUUUCCGUCCGAGAGACCGUCCGUCACUUUAAUCGACUGUCAGGCGCUGUGACUGCUUCUUGUGUCCAGGACCCCUACCUGAAGCCCCAGCAAAGGGCGCGGAUCAUCGAGAAGUGGGUCAAAGUGGCCGAGGAAUGUUGGAGUCUCAGGAAUUUUUCAUCGGUCUAUGCCAUAUUGUCUGCAUUACAAAGCACGGCUGUCCAUCGUCUGAAGAGAGUCUGGGCAGAGACAUCCAAGGAGAUCCAGCGCAGUUACCAGGAAAUGCAUGAGGUUUUCUCGGAGCAAGACAAUUAUGCCAAGAUGAGAGAGCUGCUCUUCCAGUCUCAGGACAGUUCUGAUGCAACCUUCAAAAGACACCCGCCGCGUUCCAAGGACCCCAGAGCCACGGGGGUAAUCCCAUAUCUCGGAGUCUUCCUCACCGACCUGGUCAUGCUGGAUUCUGCCAUCCGAGAUCAGCUGGAGAACGGAUAUCUUAACUUUGAGAAGAGAAGAAAGGAGUUUGAGUCACUUUCUCAGAUUCGGAUCCUGCAAAAUGUCUGUCUGGGCUAUCGGUUCACUUCUGAUCCGCAGUUUGUCAGCUGGUUCCAGAAGCUGCGCUCAAUGAGCGUGGAUGAGAGUUAUCGAUUGUCAUGUGACAUUGAGCCGACGCAGGACACAACGACGGUGACCCCAGUGAAACCCACAGUGGUCAUCACACACUGCACCGAUCUUCUGGCUUCCAUUGUUGCUCCAUUUGGACCCAGCAUGCACAUGGUGGCUUGGGAUGUGCCCUCUGAUCGACUGAUGGCACCCGGCCUAACAGCGCAACAGAGAAGCCCCUCAGUUCCAGCGCUGGACAUACACAGCUCCCCCAAGCCGCCUCCUAAGGGGUUUCUAACACCAGCUGUUCCCGGACGCACACACCGACGCUCCGCCUCCUGCGGCAGUCCGUUCACUACCGUUCAACACAGCGGCUCUGCGGAGUACAUUGCGGAGCCAGGCAAAAUCCCAGAUCCCGCUGAAGACCACCGCAUUAUUCGUGCACAAGUGGCGCCGGCAGAGGAAAGCAGUGUCUACAAGAGUUUGCGGAUCAACAGCCAGGAAAAAGCUCCAGCAGUGAUUGACCGCAUCUUGAGAAAACAUCACAUGAACACACUGGGUUCACAUGAGCUUGUCCAGCUAUUGCCAGGGAAUAAAGAGCUGGUCUUUCCAGGGACAGCAAACGUCUUCUAUGCAAUGAGUUCGGCCAGUAUGGACUUCCUGGUCCGUCCACAGCAAACCACCACGACGCUUCCCACCGAGGGCAAACUGCACCACCACCGGGUACAAAUUAAUGCCACCUAUCCCAAAAUCAAGGCCAAGGCCGGAGACCUGGCACGGUCCCUCUUCUAACUGGCGGUUCCAUGAGCAAAGCUUCAAAAGGACACUAUUUUUCUCUCUUGUUACAAUGGACGCAUGUUGAAGGAAAGCACUGUAUGCCAUGAAGCCUUCAGAAUCAGUCCAGCUCAGGAUAAGGUGCUCUUAUUGCUUUACCCAAAGUGGCCUUCCAUUGACUUUUCUUGGGGACGAUUUCUGGUGUUCAGACAUCAGUUUUAACAGCUGAUAGGAAAGUGCCGUCACAAGCCUUCCGUCAGCGGGAAAUGGUGCAAUUUUAUCAUUUAUGUGACAUCACCGCACCCCCCGCCUAGAAGUGAUGUCACACUGCAAGUUAUAACAUGCUGCUCAAACUUUCAUACACUAGCAUCAAAAACACUAUGUACUGUUUAUUUGUAUGUAUUUCUGUCACUUUUUAUCUAAAUGUAAAAUUAAACAAAAUUUUUUUUUUUCCAAA